AUGUCGAAUAAGCUGUUGCCGAUAAAAGAGGAUGCAGAGCUCAAGGGGCAUAUCACAAGGUUUGCUCGCAAGACAUUCAAGCAUGGCUUGCACAGAGCGGCAGCGAAAGAAUGGUAUAAUCUCCAGAGACUUUCCAAGGAAGAAGACCAUCCGCACCUUAUGGUGGCUUUGGGAGCGUAUUGGCACAGCAGUCACUUUUUUAUCCUCCAGGAAGAAGCAGAGCAAUCACUUCACGAUUAUCUCAAAGAUCCAAGCAACGCAUUUGAGUCCCAAGAGCUUUGGACGCAGAUGCAGGGCAUUGCUGAAGGACUGAGCACGCUCCACAAGCUUUACAAAGGCACAAAGAUCGCCUACCAUCAGGACUUGAAACCUGAAAACAUUCUAACCGUGAAGAGGAAACUAAAUAUUGCAGACUUUGGCCUACUGGAGCUGAAGCCUAUAACAUUGCCUGGCGAUACCGACAUGACCGGCAUUCCGAACAAUCACGUUACUGGAUGUAUCAUGUCUGAAGUUGCGACUUGUGACAUCCAAGGCACACAGGGAGCCAGCGACUACAAAAACGCUCGCAUAGCCGAUGGACCAUCCGGCAGAGGCCCUCAACGCUUCUUCCGUGGACAACAAGUCAAGGACGCGGUGGUACGCAUGCAUACUCAGCUCUAUGACCAUGUUCAAUCUGUCAUACCGACCAACGGCGACUUGAACAUGCAAUUUCAGAGAACCUUUUAUAGUAAAGAGUUCUUUGGACUCUUGAAUAGAAUGUUCAAGCGGAAUCGCUCUUCUGCUGAUCUACUGGAUAUCCCAGGUGAGGAAAUACCUCUCAAUGCAGCGCAAGUUGCCGAAAUACUCAAGGAAUUACGCGUAGAAGGUUUACCAGCAACUUUGGUAGACAAUGGGGUUAAACAUCUCAACUUUGACCAAUCUCUCCAGGACGCGGAGCGGUUGGAACUUUUAAUGGGGGAAUGUCUGAUAGGAUUUGCCGAAAUCUUGAAUGGAAGAAAUCGAGCAAGAUUUCCUGCUAUAACUGUGAAUAAUCUCAAGCAAUACGUUGUUAAUUUACAGCACACGCAGCACGCAGAGCGUCAACAACAAGGCCUUGUCCGUGUGGACCCAUUUCUCAAGAGGUUCGGCGAGUUUGGCGAGCUUGUUGCAACACUACCUAGGAGUCAAGAAAUCAUGGGAUUCAUUUGGGGACCCGUAAAAUUCUUGCUCGAAACAACAAACACCUGCAUGGACGCUUUCAAUGGUAUUCUCGCUAUCUAUGGACAGAUUGGAAGAGCUCAGCUGUCCUUGUCCACGUAUAAAGAAUUGUUCCAGAGUGAGCCAAGCCUGACUGAGAUCUUAAUCGCCGCAUACAGUGAAAUCAUCCAAGUCAAUCGAUUGCUCGUCAGCUACUUUCAACAGCGCUUCUGGACAGAGCUUUUUGCUACGGCAUGGAAGCGGCAUAAAUCUAGUCUCACGGCCAUCAUAUCCCGCAUGAUGUCUCGCCUCAAGCUUGUUGAUGGCCGGACAAGUGUAGAUCAAUUUCACUCAUUUGGAAUCAAUUCCCCACACGAAGAGGAGGCCAUGAAUGACGCAAGUGAUGGCCAAAACUUGGUUCGCAGAUAUGCUGUCUAUGCAUGGAUUAAACCUACCGACAUGGAAAAUGAACAAGAGUACCUGAGGCGUAUUCGCGUUGCAUACCCAGGGACCUGCAGGUGGUUGUUACACAAUAUGGCCUUUCAAGAGUGGUUCGGUGAACAGUCCGACACAUUGGCUAUCCCAAAAGUAUUGUGGCUCAAUGGAAAACCUGGUUCUGGUAAGACGGUCCUUGCAUCCCUUGUUAUAAAAGAAGCGAAAAAGCUUGAGUCAAGUCCAAAGGUCUUGUUCUUCUACUUCAAACAAGAGGAUAGCGACCGAAACAACUUCCUUUCCUUGGCUCGUACUCUGCUUGCCCAAAUUGUCGAAAAAACCCCUCACACUCUCGACUACUUUUACAGCAGAUGUUGUAGUAGUGGAAGCGCUGUGCUCACUUCUCGCCCCCUCAUUGAAGAGUUGUUGAAAUUCGCUUUGACCAGUUGUGAGUCUACCUACUUCGAAAGAGGAGACAUCGUGAGCUGGUUUCGGUACCUUGUCGAGAAUGGUCAUCCAGAGGAUCGCGAUGGUAUUCAUUGUAUGUUCAUCAGCCAACAUCACUGCGCCCGAAAGGACUAUCGCGAUCUUCCUAGUAUCACAGCGGACACAGGCAAAAAUGAGGAAGAUGUCGAAGCUUUCUGCAAGGUACAAGCCGAAAGACUGGUCCCGAAAUUUCAAGUCGAAGAAGACUACACGCACGAGAUCGCCCAACGCGUUUCUGCAGCAGAUGCAGGAGUCUUCCUAUUUGCUCAUCUUGUUUGGAUCAAUAUCCACAGCCAGAGCUCGCAAGAAAACCUGGACCGUGAGAUGGAGACCUUUGAAACUGAUCUGAAUAACCUAGACAAGGCUCGAAUUAUGCGGACCAUCGAAAACAAACCUGUUACCCCCCAACGCCAGGAGGCUUUACUACUUCUUGGCUGGCUUGUUUGUGCAAAGCGAUCGUUGAAAAUGCAUGAGACACAAACAAUGAGGUCAUUUAAUGUAGAUGAAAGGGCUGUUGGGUUCGAACGGGGACAAUUUCGAGUUCAUCCCAAGGACCUUUGUGAAUCGCUGGUGGAUGUUCAAGAAGAUGGGAGCAUUGAGCUGGUUCACAUGACUGCAAGAAUGUAUCUAGCGAAGAGUGGCUUUAUCGACGUCACCGCUAGAGCGCUCCAGAUGGCAACGCUCUGCAUUGACUACUUGAAUUUGCCAUCGUUUCAGGACCCUUCAGAAAACCAGGUUCUCGCUAGAGAGUAUGGGUUUAUGGAGUACUCCAUUCUGUAUUGGCUUCGGCAUUUGGAGGCAAGCAUGAGCUCAGCUCCUCCCGAUCAGUUUAAUCCCUAUCGCGACCUCAUGGAGUCCCUUGAAGUGAUGGUUGAGCAAUACAGGAACAAGCCAGCUGUCAGCGUUGCAUCACAUUUCAACCAUCGCCAAAGCUUUGCAAAACUCCAGCCAGCACUUGUCUUGACUGAUAAAGAACCGAAGCAUUUCGGCGACGUGCGUCUCGAGGAACGUGCUCUUAAAUUCGCGGGCGUUGUGAAGGCUGUCCGUCGCUGUAUCGAGACCUAUGUUAGUCACAGCCCGAAUCCCGACAUGGCUGGACUCAGCGACAUGUACAGUUGCAAUCUGUUCAGGUGCCCGAGAUUUAGCUGUAGAUACUCCACGAACGGAUUCUCGACGUUGGAGGAGCGCGAGAAAUAUGUCGAACGACACGAGCGCCCAUCUCGUUGCACAGACGAACAUUGCAGGGGCUCUCAAAUAGGGUUCGCGACGCAGGCACAACUAACUAGACAGCUCAAGGAGAAUCACCCGGACAUGACGGAGCUUUAG